UUUUGAAUUUAGUGUUUGGCGUUCACUCUGAGGAUGGACGAUUGCGUAAAAAAGAAUCGUGAACGGAAAACCGUUCGGUUCGACCCUGAAUUGCAAGUGGUGUUCGUCGAAGCGGAAAACGAACCAGAUCGCGUUCCUGGACUAUCGUUACAACAGUCGCCAGUUCGUCAACGUGUAAAAGUACACCAAUUGGCUUUAUUGCGGCACUCGUGUUCGCGGCAGCCGCAGAUUAGGCCACUCGCACUGCCACCCAAGAACGAACCUGACGUGUUGGCCCUCAUCGACCAAAUCCUCGAAAAGCCGUUAGAACCAUCGCCUCCUUCGUCCCCGUCAGCGGUGACACCGUCGUCGUCAUCGUCGUUGUCACCGCCGCCGCCGCCGCCGCCGCUAUCCAAGCAGCAGCCGCUACCCAAGUCGAAGCUGCUACUCAAGCCGAAGCCGCGCGCAAAUAAUUCGUUUUCGGUCACCAAUCGAGAUUUGCAACGCUUUAGACGCGAUCUCGCGAUCGUUGACGGACUGUCCGGUUCCGCCGGGCUCGCCCGCAGAUGCGGAAAAGCCGCGCAACCGUCGCGAUUCUUCCAACCGCUCUGCAUGCACCCGCACGUACCACCGAUGAUGGCGCCGUCCCCGCCUGCGCAGCUGCGGCCACAGCCGUCCACAACGAACGCUGCAGCAGUGGCACUUGAUCUUGGACAGAACACUCACGGCAAACCCAGAGCCCUCGAGUGCCAAAGCGAAAAAGGCGGCGACAGUAGCGGCGAGAAGCAUAUCAGCACUCGUGGCAUACCGAUGGCCGCCGAGUUGCAACGUGAUAAAGCCGGCGAAGGUAGCGACCGCAAACACAAAGGUCGCUGCAUGAAACGGAACGGCCGCUGCAAGAAGUGCGACCGUGCGAUCAACAGGUCACAAGGCGACGACGGCGGAAGGGACAACGAUCACGGAUGCGGCAUGGAAUUUUUGCAUUUCACUAUCCAGUGCAUGGGGUGUACCAUCGCGUAGUUUAAGGUAUUCUGGGCAACCAAUUUUAUUAUAUAAUUUUAUUUUUUAUGUAUUAUAAAAUUCAUAAUAUACUCAGCUCGAACCCAUGAGGUUAUUUUGAAUUUUUUUUUUAUUUGUAAAUUAUCUGUAUAUUUUUUUAACGUUGUCGUAUACUUAGUCGCGUGCGUAAUAAUAUUAAUAUUAUUAUUGCUUCUGUACCUUUUUUUAUUAUUUUUUUAUUUUUAAUA